AUGCAGUGCAUAACAGAGUACAGAAAUUUAAGGCCAAAAACCAUGCCUAAGCGGGCGUCAGUCAACACACAAAAACCAGUAUCAAAGAGAAAGAAAUCUACGGGGGCACCGGCGACGAAUGCCGAACCUGUUGAACAAAUCGACUAUGAUUUAUUAGCUGCCGCCAUCCUAAGAAAAACACAGAACUCGAGCAACAGCUCUAUGACUCAGGUGUCUACAUUGGAUGUUGCCACUCAACAAAGAGUAAAUAACACUGCAACUAAGAAUCCUGCAAGCCUGUCCCCACCAGCAGAGUCCCAACAACCUACAGAUUCAACAGCAUCUGUGGCUAAAUUGGUUAAUGCGUUAUUGAAUCAAGACGCAGGUGAGCCAGCAACAGCACAAGUUAGAUAUGUAAUUUCUUUGUCCGAUAGGAUUCCUCUCGGUGCUGCAACAUCCCAACGCUUAAAAGCUAAGGUCUGGGCAAACCAAUUUAUAGAUUUAAGUUUGUUGUUGCAACGUCGAGAGGAACCUAUAUCCUUGAGUAUCACAACUGGGUCUGUAACGGGACAGCAGGGGCACUCAAAACCAAAGGCGCCACUGUCUAUUCAACAGUGGACGGACGCCUUUUUGAUUUUCAUGGGGAUUUACAUAGAAAAGUUCCCAGACCAAGCCCCCCACCUCUUAAAAUAUUGUUACUACAUAAGGGAAUUGAGUAAACUUUUAGGAGAUAAGGCGUGGAGUGUAUAUAAUGAAAACUUUCGUAUGUUGAAAGAGUCCACUGACUUGCCAUGGCAAAAACCGGUCGAGGAAUUACGAAUCAAAGCUGCCUCCACUCAUUAUCAGUUACAGCAGCCCUUUCGUUCAAGCACAGGCAAUAAGCCUAUCAAAUUCUGCUACGCAUUCAACAAUGGGGACCAAUGUAUCCACAACCCCUGCCCUUAUACUCACAAAUGCCAAACAUGCUCCAGUUCCCAUGCAAGGGUCAACUGCAGGGUUAGAAAACAAAAACAACCAACAAAUUCAACCGCUAAGUCCUCAUCAAGCACCCAAUCAGCUUCCUUCUCCAGUCAACCCAAAAAGUUUAAGUAG